AUGAGGGUGGAGACCUGUGAGGCAGUUUUGGCAUCCUGCGUAGUAAGCUGCCAACAUGGCCAUUCCCAGGGGUCAGCCUCCUCCCUCUCCUUGGCCUCCUCUCUUCCUCCUCCUCCUCCUCUCCUCCUCCUCAUCUCCUCCCUACCCCCCCUGCAGGCCCGGCCCCUCCUCCUCCAGCAGUCAAUCAACGUGGCGGUGGUGUUCAGCGGCUCCAGCUACCAGAAUGAGGUCAGAGGUCGUCUCAGCGGGGAGAACUUUGUGGACAUGCCCGUGGUGGUCAGCCCAGUGACCGUGCUGGUCAACGACACUAACCCCCGUGACCUGCUGACUCGCCUCUGCGAUACCAUGGCAACGGAGAAGCUGCACGGAGUCGUGUUUGAGGAUGAUGUGGGUGUUGGUGACGACACUCAGGUAGCAGAAGUGGCACAGAUCCUGGACUUCCUCUCCACUCAGACAGCUCUGCCAAUCGUUGGCAUCAGUGGCGGCUCUGCAGUUGUCAUACCAUUCAAGGCGGAGGGAUCCUCAUUCCUGCAGAUGGGAGCGUCUCUUGAGCAGCAGAUCGUCUGCAUGUUCAAGCUCAUGGAGGAGUAUGACUGGGGCGAGUUUGCGGUGAUCACCAGUUUGCUGCCGGGCUACGACACCUUUGUGGAUAUAGUUCAGUCCUACACAGAUACCUCCUAUUUCCUGUGGAACCUGCAGGAUGUUUUGUCUCUGGAAAUGUCCGUUGGGUCAAAUGAUGCGAGGACGAAGCGCAUGUUGCAGCAGGUGGAUUCUCAGGUCCUUAUGGCGUAUUGCUCCUAUGAGGAGGCACAGUACUUGUUUCAACAGGCUGCUGAGGUGGGUCUGCUGGGGCCAGGAUACAUCUGGAUCAUCACCAGUCAGGCCGUGGGCAACCCUGAUAGCCCUCCACCUGCCAGCUUCCCUAUUGGUGUUAUCGGUGUGAUUACGGACCAGUGGAGGAAGAGCCUAAGGCAGAGGGUGAGGGAGGGUGUCGCCAUUGUAGCUCAAGGGGCUGAGAGCUUCAAGAAGCUGUACGGGUUUAUUCCUGAGGGACAAGGUGACUGCACCAAACUGGCUAAACACUCAGACAACAAUACUUUGUUCAGGCACAUGCUGAAUGUGACGUGGGAAAGGAAAGAUCUGUCAUUCAACAGCCAAGGCUUCCUCACCAAUCCUUCCAUGGUCCUCGUCGCUUUGGACCGUGACAGACUUUGGGACAAG